AUGGAUUCCUUCUUGACUCUGCUGCACUCUUUCUCCUCGAGCUUGUCGGACAGUGAGCUUUCUUCCCUGAAGUUUCUCUGCCGGGGGAAAAUUGGGAAAAGGAAGCUUGAGUCUGUCCAAAGCGGCACGGAGCUCUUCAUCAUUCUCCUCGAGCAGCAGCUGAUCACAAGCGACAAGGUAUCGUUUCUUGAAGAAUUGCUUGAGAGCAUUAAAAGAGAAGAUUUGAUCGCGCAGCUAAAGCGUUUCGUAGAGGAAGGAGAAGUUAAUGCUCCUGAUGAUCAGCCAGACGUGCAUGAAAAACGUCUUCUGGAGGUAGCUAUUGAAGUUAUAUGUGAAAAUGUCGGGAGAGACUGGAAAAUGCUGGUGCGAAAACUUGGCGUGACUGAAGUGAAAAUGGACAGAAUAAUAGCAGCCAAUCCAUUGAACUUGCGUGAGCAGUUGUUUCAGUCGCUUCGUGAGUGGCAGAAAGCAAAGGGAAAAGAUGCAAAGGUGGCCGACUUAAUUGCAGCUCUUCGGGGCUGUAAAAUGAAUUUGGUGGCAGACAGAGUUGAACAGACACUCUUGCCACUGAAUGCUGGAACCAGGUGA